CAGUUGUGUAGUAAUUACAGCAAACGUUGGCUGUUAAGAUCGAGGAAGUUUUAUGCUGUAUAUAAUUACAUACUUUUUGUUUUAAAACAGCAGUUGACUCAAUCAUUAGCAUCUGGGGAAAAUAUACGAUGGUGCAUCUCAAGAAAGCAGCCGUUUGUCUAUUGUUUUUCCAUCUCAUGUCCAUCAAGGCGAGCCAGCCGGCUUACGGCAAGUGUCGCUAUGGCUGCAACGGACAUCGAUAUGAUCAGCUAAAAGGAAAUUGGGGAGCCUGGGGAGCCUGGGGAGCCUGGGAGGUGUGCAGCGCCACCUGUGGAAAAGGCGUCACAACCCGACGGCGCACGUGCUCCCCUGUAGGAGCCAAGUGUCAUGGCGACAAAACAAACUCUACUGACUGUCUCCUUACAUCCUGCUGUGUUCCACGAGAUGGCUCGUGGGGCGACUGGAGCGACUGGUCGACUUGUUCUUCUUCUUGCGGUGGUGGAUCUCGUACAAGGUCAAGGAAGUGCAAUGAACCCAACUCAUGUGGACAACCUUGUCAUGAAAAAAGCAAUGAAACCACAACCUGUAAUGUUCAGGCGUGUCCGAGAGCACCGGUUGUACCUUCCAUCACCACAAACCCACGAACCUCACGAUUCAGUGCCGGUGUCAACGUGACCUUAACCUGCAGAAGCCAGGACCUGGGAUUUCCACCAGCGACACUAACGUGGGACACUGCGAGACAGGAAACAAGGACCACUAGAGUUAAUGAUCAAAGAAUACAGUUACAGCUUUUGAACUUAUCAGUUGAAGACGAUGAAGUCAGUGUGAAAUGUUGGGCCAGCAACAUGGUCUCACGAAAGGAAAAAUCAGUUGUACUUCGUGUUGACCAAAACGCAUCAUAUGGAGAUUGUCGUGCGUCGGUCAGUAGCUCCCCCUGGCAGGUGACGGGUUACUGUGACAUCACAAAAGUAUUUUCAAGUAACAAUCAGUACGAGUGUCGUUGGUACGAAAUUAAAGGACGUGAUACAAACAACAUCCCGAGUUCCUUCAAUCUGUCUCUAAUCACACCUGGAAGGAAACUACAGAGAGGAAAGUGUGGUUUCCAGACAAAGAUUCCUCACGACUUUCCUGAAGGGCGUGAUGUCAGCAGAGAACUUAAAUAUCAAAUGUACUUUAACCCUGGAGGUACAUGGAGUCCCAUCAUCAAUGUUACUGUAGCUUUUCCCAAGACACCGACACUCACCUGCCCUGCUGACGUCAUAAUGGAAGGUUCGCGCAUAAACUGCACGUGCAACACAAGCAAUGUAGGAGAGCCACAAGGUGGUCUGCUUUUAUUCUAUAAUGACCGGCUAGAAGACACGGGACAGUACGGUCAGCAGGUCAUCUUCUUGUCACGUGACAUUAGCCGUGAGGACAACAAUGCCAGAGUCAGCUGUCUUCUACACUGGGCGAGAAACAUGUUUGCCGACAGAGUCUGGACACUCCGCGUAAUGUAUCCUCCUGAGAUGCCUUCCUUACUAGUCGACAACCAAACUACCGUCAACUACACUACGAAUGUCAACAACAGUGUUGACUUUACAUGUACAGUCAGCCCCGGAAACGUACAGAGCCUUGAACUGCUGAAGGUCACAAGAAAUGGUUCACAAAUAGUUCAAGGCCGCAGCACAUCAUCUCUCUCCUUCAGAAUAGAGGAAGCACGAUGUGCUGACUCGGGUAUCUACUAUUGUCGGGCUGGCAACACACUGGGACAAACUAACUCCACGUCAGUACAUCUCAAUCUGUUGUGUUCACCAGAGUGGGCCAGCGACACCUUAGCAACAACCACGGAACUAAAGGUCACGGAAGGGUUAGAAGGACAGACAACCUUUGAAGUCAUGGCCUCCCCUGUUCCUACUAUCGACGGUUUUAUUUCUCACCAAGAGGACAGUAAUUCUUCUGCUCAGGAGAAGCCAGUCAGAUCCGAUCUUUUUACUGGGAAAUGCGAGCAGAAGACACCGGACCUUCACCUGGCUACCUGCACUGUGUAUGUUACACAAGCCACGCCUACAGAUACCGGACUGUACAGUGUCCACGUCAGCAACUCAAUGGGCGCCAUGAAUGUGACCUUUGAACUCCGUGUGAUUGCGUGCAGAGACAACCUAACUGACUGUCCCAGUCUCGCGAGAGGCUGUGGUGAACAUUUUGUACAAGAGUUAUGUUGGAAGACAUGCUCGGGGUGUCGUAAACAAACAAGCAAUCACACUAGUAAGGAGUAUCCAUUUCUCUCUUGUUACAACAAAACAAUUUAAGAUUUCACCUCAAUUUUUCACCGACCGUUACAAAGAUAGCCAUCAUGAUGAUAAAGAAAAAUACAUAUACUGUACAUUGCCUUCUCCAGGCCAGGACUCACACGCAUUCCCAGUCUCUUUUACACAGAAAUUUCACAGCGUCUUUCACGUACUCGAUAUUUCGAACUGGCGAGAUUUUUGCGAAGAUACUUGUAAGUACAGCUCUGCAACUUCUUGUGGCUGUAACUGAUCGGUUUUCACUUCGAAUUUGUUUAUUGUAGUUUAUUCUUGCUAACUGUCUUAAACCUCCAUCAGUAUAGGUGAUGAUCUGUCGACCUUCCACUAAUGUACUGUAAGCGUGAGUAUCACUUAUAUUUUACAGCAAAACUGUUCCGAAAGCUAUUUAAUGAUGUAAACCUGUAUUAGUGAACUGAUUUGUUAAUAUCCUCAUUAGUAUGAAUUACUAAGUUUACAAGCUGCAGCUAUAGUUACCAAGCGAGAGUAAGUCUGUAAGUAUAAAGCAGUGUCCAGGCACUACCGAAGUAGUUUUACUCAUGUGACAAUAAUUAUAAAGCAGUGUCCAGACACUACAGAUGUACUUAUACCCAUGUGACAGUAAUUAUAAGGCAGUAGCCAAGAUUCCUUACAAUAAAGUAACACAAGGCAAUGUAAGUGGGUCUGCACACCACUCUGCCCUUGCUGUUCCCCACUUUCCCUUGGGGCAAUGCUUCACCUCGCUUCAUAACUACAGCCACAAAAACUCAAUCUUCUCGUGUACUCAAUGAAUGUAGUGAUAGAUGUGUAAUGUUGCAAAUAUUAACAUGAAGAAAAAGUGAAUAAUAGAUAUUGUACAUGUGAAAUAUGCCAAGAAAUGUCUUCAGUAUUUUUCAGAUAAAUAUUACUUACGUGUGUGUGACUUCAUGUCUACACCGUCUACAUAAUUUCACGUGACUUAUGAAAGCAGCCGAGAGAAGAGACUUUUUGCACACCACAGUCUGAGAGAUGGAUCAUUCGACUGUCUGCUGCCUUGAUUUUUACAACUAAAGUUUUUAGUUUAAAAACAGUCAUUCUAGUAAUAUAGUUUCCCUGAGUAGAUGUGACAUUUAUAAUAUUUUCAAAAAUUGACGUCUGCUGUUUGUUUGUAUUUCAAGAACUGCACAAACUAUGGUUGAAAAAUAUUUUGUUACGAAGCGAAAAUAUCGCAGACUAAAUUCUAAGAACUAAAACAAUU